AUGAUGAUGCCAGAUGGGGAAGAAGUCACUGUUCUUCUAUGUUGCAGGUUCUACAACAAGGUUCUCUCUUUGCACAAGGGAUCAGCCACCCCCGUGGGUAACCCUCUGCUGGCCUACACCCUCAUUAAGCGGCUACAGUCUGAUUGGAAGAAUGUUGUGUACAGCCUGGAAGCCAGUGAGAACAUACGAGCCUUGAAGGAUGGCUAUGUGAAGGUGGAACAGGACCUCCCAGCGUUCGAGGAUCUGGAGGGGGCGGCCCGGGCCCUGAUGCGGCUGCAGGAUGUGUAUAUGCUGAGUGUGAAAGGGCUCGCUCAUGGGGCUUUUCAGAGAGUCACAGGCUCCGAGGUCACUGACUUGUACAGGCCCAGCCAGGUUUUUUCCCUCUCAGCAGAUGACUGCUUCCACGUGGGCAAGGUAGCCUAUGACAUGGGCGAUUAUUAUCAUGCCAUCUCAUGGCUAGAAGUAGCCGUCAGCCUCUUCCAAGGCUCCUAUGGAGAGUGGAACACUGAGGAUGAGGGAAGCUUGGAAGAUGCUCUGGAUUACUUGGCUUUUGCUUAUUUCCAGGCAGGAAAUGUUUCUAAUGCCCUCAGACUCUCCAGAGAGUUCCUUCGCUACAAUCCAAAUAACAAGAGAGUGGCCAGGAACAUCUUGAAAUAUGAAAGGCUGUUGGCAGAGAAAUCCAUUGUGACAGGACCUGAAGCGAUCAUCAAGAGACCCAAUGUUCCCCACCUGCAGACUAGGGACACUUAUGAAGGACUGUGUCAGACUCUGGGAUCCCAGCCCACCCACUACCAGAUCCCAAGCCUCUACUGUGCCUACGAGACCAACGCAAGCCCCUACCUGCUUCUCCAGCCUGUCCGGAAGGAGGUGCUCCAUCUGGAGCCUUACAUUGUCCUCUACCAUGACUUUGUCAGUGACUUGGAGGCCCAGAAGAUUAGGGGAUUUGCAGCACCCUGGCUGCAGCGGUCAGUGGUGGCCUCCGGGGAGAAGCAGCAGCAAGUGGAAUAUCGCAUCAGCAAGAGUGCCUGGCUGAAGGACACUGUGGACCCGAUGCUGGUGUCCCUAGACCACCGCAUCGCAGCCCUCACGGGCCUCAACGUUCAGCCCCCCUAUGCUGAGCACCUGCAGGUGGUGAAUUAUGGAAUUGGAGGACACUAUGAACCUCACUUUGACCAUGCAACGUCGCCAAGCAGCCCUUUGUACCGAAUGAACUCCGGGAACCGGGUGGCAACCUUCAUGAUCUACCUGAGCUCAGUGGAAGCUGGAGGGUCUACAGCCUUCAUCUACGCCAACUUCAGUGUACCAGUUGUGAAGAACGCAGCCCUGUUUUGGUGGAACCUUCACAGGAGUGGUGAGGGUGAUGGAGACACAUUACAUGCUGGCUGCCCUGUCCUGGUGGGAGACAAGUGGGUGGCCAACAAGUGGAUACAUGAGUAUGGGCAGGAGUUCCGCAGGCCGUGCAGCGCCAAGCCUGAAGACUAGGAAGAC